UUGAAUUCAUAUGUACGAAAAGGCAAAGAAAAAAACUCAUUUCAAAGCUUAACUUCUAAAAAAAAAAGAAAAAGAAAAAAAAAAGGUAAAAGAAAAAAGAAAAAAAAAUACAUAUGGCUCAACUUGAUAAGUUUUCACACUCAUCCAGAAGUACUCCCAAGUCUAAUUCAACAACUUUUGAACAACUUUUACCAGGAAAUGAAAGGAGCUGGUCAACAAGUUCAUCCCCAACAGCUUAUUAUGAUCAUGAAGAAUAUACACCAACUCAUGGCAAAAAAUCAGUUAUCUCCAAAGUGAAAGAAAAGGCCAAAAAACUCAAACACAGUUUAAGUGGUAGGAAAAAAAUGCAAGAAAAUGAUGUUCAUGAUGACACACCUUCAUGGGGUGUUACGUUGGAUGACGAUGAUGAAGAAGAUGUAGAUCCUGAAUAUCUUGGUGCUCCAAUGUAUGAAUCAGAAUUGGCACCUGAGCCGUUAAAGGAGGCAGCACGACAACAUCCACGAGCAGAUCCAGUGUUAUCUGAGAAACAUGUUACUCCUAGAAGCAUCAAACGCAAUCAGGCUUUUGAACACGAUGAUAAUAAUAAUAAUAAUAAUACGGAGAAAUUACCUGAUAGUCCAAGUAAAACCAUAACAGAAACGGUUACAGAGAGAUUGGCACCAGCUUAUGCUGCAGUAUCUGAUGCAACACACGCGUUUGCUUCUAAGAUCUCAAAUCUCACUCUAUCAAACACUGAUAACCACGAAUCGGAUAUCCAAAAAACACCAAAAAAUGUUCACUUUGGUAAUGUGGGACAAAAUGUAGACCAAAAUGCUACCGCUCUUACAAGUCCAGUUAAAAAAUGGGACAAAGGUGUUUCAGUGAAAGAGUACUUUGCAGAAAAAUUUGAGCCCGGUGAAGGCGAAAGAUCACUUUCACAGAUCAUAACUGAGGCUAUGAGCCCUAGGCAUUCAUCUUCCAGUGAUAUAGGUAUAAUGGAGAAAAUGAAGGGGGCUGUAACUUCAUUUAUUCAGCCUGAAUUUUCCCCAAAAUCAUCAACAAUAAAAAGCAUCAAAUCAGCAUCAACUUCCAAUAUUCCAGUUUCUACGAGUGACAUAAUGUCUCCUAAGAGUGUGAUCGUCGCUUCGAAUAAUAAUUUGCCUCAGGAUAAUCCCAUUACUAUGCCUCAUAAGAGUCAUUUAUCUACUACUAAUGACUCUGCAUCAAUAUCACAAAUUCCUGAGUUCCACAGUGCAAGAUCAUCACCACUCAUUCCUAUCACCUCCAGUAUUCAACAAGAUAUUGAGGAACAAAACCAUGAGAGGAUUCUUCAACCAAACUGAAAUUAUGAUUAACACUGGUUACAGACAUCUCUAAAAUAAAAUAAAGAAUCAAUCUACUGAUUCUAAAGUUUAGUUUUGUGUAUUAGUCAGCAAAAUAAAUAAAGAAAAUGUUGUAUUCUUUUUUUGUUUAAAACUAAAAUAGGAAUUUAUGACAGACUUGAGCAUUUUUUCAGUUUUAUUGAGCCUUCUAAGGCUAGAUUUCGGGGUGGCUUGACACUCUGAAAGUCUUCGAUCAAAUGGAAGGAUGGAUGUCUGUCUUUAGCGACUUCUGUUUGAUCAGUAGUAGUAAAAGUACCUCGAGUUUUGGUAGAUCUUAUAAGAAACGUCGUUGCUAUGUAUGAGUAACAAGAUGUUUUCUUAGUAGUAUUGUAUUUUUGAAGAUUUUGUAAGAAAACUCUAUACGUACAUUUGUAUCCUUGUAAAUGUAGGUCAAUAUGUUGCAUAUCAAUAUAUAAUAAUAAUAAUGCAUUUGUCCAUGA